AUGUCAUCCGUUCUCGUAGUGCUUCGAAAAAGAUGGUCGCGACAUUUGUGUCAAAAGCCGUAUUGCAACAAAUUGUUUCUGCGGAUUGGUAUAGCACCAUUUGUUUGCCAAAAGUCAUCACCGGGCUUCGAAAAAUCAACCCCGAAAGAAUAAUCAUCCUCCACCAAGACAAUGCAAGCUCGCACACAGCCCAAAAACAAGGCAGUAUUUAUCGGAAGAAAACGUGAAAUUAUUGGACCAUCCUCCAUAUAGUCCCGAUCUAAGUCCUAACGAUUUCUUUACUUUCCCGAAAAUUAAAAACAGACUGCGUGGUCAAAGGUUUCAGUCACCAGAAGAAGCAGUUGAUGCAUUCAAAAAUGCCGUUUUGGAUCUGCCGGCAAACCAGUGGAAUAAGUGCUUCGAAAAUUGGUUCGAGCGCAUGCAGAUAUUUAUUAAUCUUCAUGGAGCAUACUUCAAAAAACGGUAAAGUCAUUUAAAACUACAUA